UGCGUCCGGAAGACAGGAGCGGAGAAGAGAAAGAGCGACGGAAGGAAAGAAUCAAAACGGAAGCGCAGGAUGAAGGAAGUGUGAGGAGGACUUUGUGGGACUUCUCUCCUGAACUCUGCCGUCGUUGUUCGUCCCAACAUCUGACUUCCCCACAACAUGGAGGCGACGCGUUCACACGCCGCGCUGCUGCUGGUCCCACCGCUGGUCCUCUGCUGCCUAGUGGAGCUGGUGCAGGGAUAUGGAUACAGGCCUCAGCGAAAAUUCACUGAGGACAUGGACUGGUCCUACGCAGGAACACUGAACCAAAACAACUGGGCCAAGAAGUUUCCAUCCUGCAGCAAUGCCAAGCAGUCACCCAUCAACAUCGAGGAGGACCUGGCUCAGGUCAAACUGCAGUACCAGAAGCUGCAGUUCGACGGCUGGGAGAGGAUGGCGUCUGACUCCACCAUCAAAAACGAUGGGAAGACUGUGGCAGUGAAUGUAAAAGGGGACUUCUACAUCAGUGGAGGGGGUCUCAGGUCAAAGUUCAAGGUGGGACUAAUCACCUUCCACUGGGGCCGCUGCAAUGCCUCAUCUGAGGGUUCUGAACAUAGCCUGGACGGGGUCAAAUACCCCCUGGAGGUACUUCUGAGUAUCUCUGUGCAGGUACUUCUGAGUAUCUCUGUACAGGUACUUCUGAGUAUCUCUGUGCAGGUACUUCUGAGUAUCUCUGUACAGGUACUUCUGAGUAUCUCUGUGCAGGUACUUCUGAGUAUCUCUGUACAGGUACUUCUGAGUAACUCUGUGCAGGUACUUCUGAGUAUCUCUGUGCACGUUCUUCUGAGUAUCUUUAUACAGGUACUCCUGAGUAUCUCUGUACAGGUACUUCUGAGUAUCUCUGUACAGGUACUUCUGAGUAUCUUUGUGCAGGUACUUCUGAGUAUCUCUGUACAGGUACUUCUGAGUAUCUCUGUGCACGUACUUCUGAGUAUCUCUGUGCAGGUACUUCUGAGUAUCUCUGUACAGGUACUUCUGAGUAUCUCUGUACAGGUACUUCUGAGUAUCUUUGUGCAGGUACUUCUGAGUAUCUCUGUACAGGUACUUCUGAGUAUCUCUGUACAGCUGGAGGUGUUCUGCGAGGUGAUGACCAUGCAGCAGGCAGGUUAUGUGAUGCUGAUGGACUAUCUGCAGAAUAACUACAGGGAGCAGCAAGAGCAGUUCAUGGGCCAGGUCUUCUCUUCCUACACCGGCGUGGAGGAGGUCCAAACCCCCAUCUGUAGUUCAGAGCCGGAGAACAUCAUGGCCUCUCCCUACAACCUCAGCAGUCUCCUAGUGACGUGGGAGCGUCCACGGGCGGUGUAUGACAGCGGGAUUGAGAAAUACUCCGUCACCUACCACGUGGUGCAAGGAGAAGACCCACCCAUGUCCCAGUACAUGACUGACGGGGACCAGGAUGUGGGGGCGAUCCUGCAGGAUCUGUUGGCCAACAGCAGCUACGCGGUGCAGGUGGUGGCGGUCUGCUCCAACGGUCUGUACGGGCGUGUGAGCGAGCGGCUGACGGUUCGGAUGCCUUCCGACGAGCCCGACGAGCCCGAAGAUGUGCUGGAAACACGUUGGAACGAAAUUGAUGAAGGGGACUAUGACCCAGCCCUGUCCUGGAAUGAGCCAGUCCAAACGGAGGAGGAUUAUGUUGUGGGUUGGACAGACGCCGCAGGGACCUUGACCACCGGCUCAUCCAGUCCCCUGUUCCCUGAUAGCGGAGCCACAAGGCAGCCAAGGGUUCCUCCUCAGGAGGAACCGGAAUAUGACGCUUCCUCCAGAUCCCCCCCGCCGCUCGCUGCCUCACCGCCGGGAAACCAGGCCUCCCCCACGGACACAGACGAGGCCCUCCUCGGUAGCAGCAACGCCAUGUUCACGACCGCCACCGAGGAAGACGUUCGUCUCGCUUCUCCUCUUCAGACUGUAGCAGCAAGAGAAAGUCUCCUCGGGGAGACCACCACAACCCUCACCCAAACCGCGGGUGGGGGGGCGCCGCACAUAAAUGAAGGCACCGCCACCACAGGAAGCAAGUCCUCCAGAACCACCGCUCUUCCGGAGACCCCUCUGGGAAGCAGCUCCUCCUCUCCUCGCUCCUCCACGGUGGCUCCGCUGCAGCCUACAACUUCUAGCACGCCUCGUUUGUCCUCCGCCACCACCUCCGCCCCCUUCGGCCGCGUGCUCUUUCACACCACACAGCCCGUGUUCAAUGCGUCAGAGUCCGGCUCCACGGAGCGCUGGCACCCAAUGUCGGACAGGGACUCUCCCCGCCAACCGUCCACCACUCCCUCGCCACUCACCUCCCCCUCCACCCCCCCGUCAGAGAGACAGCUAUCAGACAGCAGCGACGCCUCUGGCUCCGCCCUGUUCGCGGAGUCUCCAGAGGGCUCGGCCCAGGAAUGGGACAGGGUUCAAAGCUCUGCCUCCGGAGAGAGCGCCACACCGUGUCAGACUGCUGCCGCUCCUACCGCCGGCCUCUCAGCUGCCUCCACACCCGGCGCUGCCCCACACGACGUCGACGAGCGGUCCUCCGCCUUCUAUUUUGAGACGGGAAGUGCCGGCUCUGCCGUCACAGAGUCCAUCAUUUCCGCCAUGACCUUUGAGCCCAGGUCCCUCGGCGGCGAGGAGGAGAGCGGCUCAGGACAGGCUGAGAGCGUGUACGACAACGAGGCUUCGUCAGACUUCAGUAUUCCCGAGCCCACGGAGAGAAACCCCCAGCAAGAGGAGCCGGUGGAAGACGCCAGUAACAGCAGCCAUGAGUCCCGGGUGGGGCAGGUCCGGGAGCAGCAGAGGAGGGCUGUGGUGCCACUGGCCGUGGUCUCCACCCUCACCUUCCUCGGUCUGCUGGUUCUGGUGGGCAUCCUCAUCUACUGGAGGAACUGUUUCCAAACGGCUCACUUCUACAUCGAGGACGGCAGCUCACCACGGGUCAUCUCCACACACUCCACCCCCACACUAACAGCUGAUGACCGGACCUUCACAGUGAAGGAGUUUGUUCAACAUGUGGCUGACUUACACGACAACCUCAGCUUCUCGCAGGAGUUUGAGAUACUGAGAGACAGUUACCAGGAGGUGCAGACAUGCACGGUGGACAUGGCAAUGACCACGGACACCUCCAACCACCCCGACAACAAGACUAAGAACAGAUACCUCAAUAUACUGGCCUAUGACCACAGCCGAGUGCGACUGUCCCCGCAGAACGACAAAGGCGGGAACGCAGCAGACUACAUUAAUGCAAACUUCGUGGAUGGCUUGACCAGGCCGAGGGCCUACAUCGCGGCUCAGGGGCCACUGAGGUGCAGCACUGAGGACUUCUGGAGGAUGGUGUGGCAGCAGAAAGUGGGCGUGAUCGUCAUGAUAACCAACCUGAUGGAGAACGGCAGAAGGAAGUGCGACCAGUACUGGCCAGUCGAGACGCAGGAGGAGUAUGGUCACUUCCUGGUGACUGUCAGGAGCAGCAAAGUGUUGGCGUACUACACUCAGAGGACUUUCACCCUUCGAAACACCAGCCUCAAAACGGGCUACCAAAAGGGGCGAUGCAACGAGCGGACCGUGACUCAGUACCAUUACACCCAGUGGCCGGACAUGGGUGUGCCGGAGUACGCCCUCCCACUGCUCACCUUCAUCCGCAGGUCGUCGAAGGCCCGGACUGACGACAUGGGGCCGGUGGUGGUACACUGCAGCGCGGGCGUGGGCCGGACGGGGACGUACAUCGUGCUGGACAACAUGCUGCAGCAGCUGCGAGAGCGGGGAACCGUCAACGUCACGGCUUUCCUCAAACACAUCCGCACACAGAGGAACUUCCUGGUCCAGACAGAGGAGCAGUACGUGUUCAUCCAUGACGCCUUAGUGGAAGCCAUCUUGAGUCGGGAGACAGAAGUUCCCUCAAGCCUCUUCCACAAGUACGUGGAUGAGCUGCUGACCCCGGGCGUGUCAGGCAGGACGCCGCUCGAGAAGCAGUUUAAGUUGAUUUCCCAGUGCAGCUCCAAGCAGAGUGACUUCACCACAGCUCUUCAAGAAUCCAACCACAAGAACAGAAGUUCUUCUCUGAUCCCCGUUGAGAGGUCACGAGUACGGCUUUCUCUGGUGGCGGGCGAAACAUCUGACUACAUCAACGCAUCCUACAUUACAGGUUACCGACACAGCAGAGAGUUCAUCGUGACCCAAAGUCCGCUUCCAGGAACCAUUAAGGACUUCUGGAGGAUGAUCUGGGACCACAACAGCCAGGUCAUCGUGUCUCUGCCUGGAACAGCAUCAGCUGAGGAAGGGGCGGAGCCAUGUAUAUUCUGGCCACGCAAAGGGCAACCAAUCAGCUAUGAGACGUUUACUGUCACUCAGCGAAGUGAGACAAAGGUGUGUCUGCCCAGUGAGGAGCUGCUGGAGAUCCAGGACUACAUCCUGGAGACCAAACAGGACGACUACGUUCUGGAAGUGAGACACUACCGAUGUCCACGCUGGCCCAAUCCAGACGCUCCCAUCAGCAACGUCUUCCAGCUCAUCCAUCUGCUGAGAGAGGAGCGCUCCCCUCAGGAGGGCCCCACUAUCAUCCACGACCAGCUGGGCGGCGUGGCUGCUGGCACGCUGUGCGCUCUCUUCUCUUUGGUUUGCCAACUGGAGGCUGAGAGCUGUAUGGACGUCUUCCAGGUGGCCAAGAUGGCAAAUCUGAUGAGACCAGGAAUGUUGUGUGACGUGGAGCACUAUCACUUCCUGUACAAAGCCAUGCUGAGUCUGGUGGCGAUGCAGGAAGACCAGACGACCCUUCAGUCCCCUGACAACGACAAGAGCAUGGUGACGGACAGAGCCGGCACGGCCGAGAGCCUGGAGUCACUGGUCUGAAGAUCUGGACCAGGACUCCCGUCAACCUGCUCGUCGGUGGAGAUGAGUGACAGCGCUUUGCCUCGCCCGCCCUCUACGCCAGGCUCAAACUACAAGAUAGCCUGUCUCGAUGAUUUCUAUAAAUCCAUUUCUCCAGACUCCACGGCACACUGCUUAAAGGAAAGUCCCUGAAAGUUUCGGACUCUAAACUAGCUGGUCUUGGAAGUCUUGUGGUCUGAGCCUGGACGAGUUUGCUGAAUGAGUUUCUUCAACGCCGGACAUGGAAACCCUGUUGACUGCGUGCCUUUUUCUAGAUUUCAGCCUAUAAUUCUAACAACUUUAUACAUCUGUAGACUAACCACCUUUUUUAAUCUCCUGCUGCACUUACAACCUUUCCAAAAUUUUAUAUUUAUUGGCGGGAAGCCAAGUAAAAAGGGAAAAAGCGUAUUUUACAUGGAAUGGUGUUUGUUAGCUUGUCUCCUGUGUGGGGCUCGUGCUCUGCAGCAGCGCUGUGCUAUUGAAAUCAAGUGAAAUAAAAGAGGGCCUGGAUAACAUAAUCUAAUGUACAUAAUAUUAUAGUACUCAACUUGAUGGACCAAAUUUCUAUUUAUACCUCUAGAUUUUUAUAUUUUACCAUUUUAGUGCAUUCAGAUGUAUGGUUUGAUUCUAAUUCUGUAGUUGAAAGAUGUUAAUGUUUAAAUCUACUGAUCUGCAUUUUGUAACAGACUAAAUGUUUGAGUUACUGACAGAAAACACUGCUGUGUUACUAGCUAGCUGAUUAAAGUGACAGGAGUCUAA